CCACUUGGACAGAAGUAACCAGCCACUUUAAAUCAAGCCCAAGAAGCUGUCCAAAGACACGGCAUAUAAUUUCAACAUAACGCGUAUGAAUUCGUCGGUCUCGGCGUUCCCGCCGCCUAUCUUCCUCUCCCUUUCUCUCUCUGAAACAUAUUUUCUCUCUGUGUCUCUCCGUGUCUGAAAAGCUUGCAGAGAAAGCAAAGCCAGCGAGCUUAUACAGAGUAAAACAGAGCCUUUCUCAGGAAGAAGAAGAAGAAGAAGAAGAAGAAGAGCCUCUGUGGCUCUCAUUCUGUAAUGGCGAAGUCAAAGUGCAGCAACGGCAAGAGGGUCUCCGUCUCGUACAUCUCAGUCCCAUCUCAGAUAAUCAACUCUUUGUCAUCAUCUUCUCUGCAGUCUCUCCUUCUCUCACCUAAGAAAACUUCAAGGAGCAACAACAGGUUCCUCAGCUUCAAAAGCCCAAGACUUUGGUUUCUCAUUCUCUUUCUCUUUAGCCUACUUGGUAUGUUAAAGUUGGGCUACAAUCUUGACCUUUUGAUCCCAUUUUCUCCAUACCCAUGUACUACAAGCACUCGAACACAGGGCUUAAUCUCAAGUGGGUAUUCAAAAUCAGAGCUUGCUUUUGCAUCCGAGAGUGGAAAAGGUAGUAAAAAUGAUGAGAAAGAUGAGGUCUUGAAUGGUUAUUCAAAACUAGAGGUGGGUAAUGGAGCAAACAGUGAGAAUAAUGAUGAGAAAGUUGAGGAGAGUGAGUUUUGGAAGCAGCCAGAUGGGUUGGGCUACAAGCCUUGCUUGGUGUUCAGCCGGGAUUACAGGAGAGCCAGUGAGGGGAUUGUAAAGGACAAGAGAAAGUAUCUGAUGGUUGUGGUUUCUGGUGGAAUGAAUCAGCAGAGGAAUCAGAUAGUUGAUGCUGUGGUUAUUGCUAGGAUUCUUGGGGCUGCUUUGGUUGUUCCCAUCUUGCAAGUCAAUGUCAUUUGGGGUGAUGAAAGUGAAUUCGCUGAUAUAUUUGAUUUGGAGCACUUCAAGAGAGUUCUUGCCAAUGAUGUGCGAAUAGUAUCAUCCUUACCAUCAACACAUCUAAUGACAAGGCCGGUGGAGGGGAGUCCACCACUUCACGUCUCCCCCCAAUGGAUCCGUGCACGCUACCUCAAACGGCUUAAUAGAGAAGGGGUUUUGCUUUUACGUGGCUUGGAUUCAAGGCUCUCUAAGGAUAUUCCCUCUGAUCUGCAGAGGCUUCGAUGCAAGGUUGCUUUUCAUGCAUUGAGGUUUGCCCCACCAAUUUUGGAACUUGGUAACAAGCUUGCUGAGAGGAUGCGGAGCAAGGGACCCUACCUUGCUCUUCAUUUACGGAUGGAGAAGGAUGUAUGGAUCAGGACUGGUUGCCUUCCUGGUCUGAGCAAUGAAUAUGAUGAGAUAGUGAAUAAUGAAAGAAAACAACGGCCCGAGCUCCUAACUGCAAGAUCAAACAUGACUUACCAUGAUCGGAAGCUUGCCGGUCUCUGCCCCUUGAAUGCCUUGGACGUAACCAGGCUGCUUAAAGCUCUGGGUGCUCCAAAAGAUGCACGGAUCUACUGGGCUGGAGGGCAGCCAUUGGGUGGGAAAGAAGCAUUGCUACCGUUAACCCGAGAAUUUCCUCAUUUUUACAAUAAGGAAGAUCUUGCUUCGCCUGGCGAACUAGAACCACUUAGAAACAGAGCUUCUGUAAUGGCUGCCAUUGAUUAUAUAGUCUCCGAGAAUAGUGAUGUUUUCAUGCCAUCUCAUGGGGGAAAUAUGGGCCAUGCUCUUCAGGGACACCGGGCCUACGCAGGACAUAAGAAGUAUAUAACCCCAAACAAAAGACAGAUGAUCCAUUACUUUUUAGACUCCUCUGUAUCAGAAUCAGAGUUCAACAGCAUCAUAAAGGAGUUACACCGUGACUCCUUAGGGCAGCCAGAACUCAGAACUAACAAAGCCGGUAGGGAUGUUACAAAGUAUCCUGUCCCCGAGUGUAUGUGCAGUGAUUCACAUACUCAUUCCCACUUGUGAGUUCAUGCAGAAAGCUUCCAACGUGAUUACACGGCAACACUCUCUCCUCCAUGAAAAAAUGGAACUUUUUUGGCAAAUCCCUUGAACUUGAGCCCUCUGAAAACCAAAAAAAAAAAAAUGGUUAGUUCUGGGGCAAUGAUUGUUCUUAGGACUUCGGAGUGCCAUUUUUGCAGAACAACUUAAGGUGGCACAGUUUUUGCAAGCAUACUCACAGUGAUGCUUGCAUAAUGAUUUGAGAGGCAAGAUACAUCCAUGUAUCAUUUUUUGAUUCUUUAUAGGAACAGUAUUUAGGGUAUACUACAUUUUAUUCUUUUUUAUUACGUACAUCUAUGUAUUAUAGAGCCAUAAAUGUGUAUUUGUAUAAAUAAUUGAAUAAAAAUUUCCAUUAAUGUAUUUAUUAAAUAUUGCUUUGCAA